CCACCACCAUACGGUUUCCAAGCCCAAAUUCGACUCCUGAAACAAGUACCCGCUUCCCCCAUCUUUGCCUAUAAACCACACAUAAAUAAUUCACCUUUUCCAAAUAAAUCAAAAUCCAAUCUUUCUCUUCAAUCCAGGCAUCCCUUUUCACUCAUUCAGGUUCCUUCCUGCCUUUUUCUCCCUGUAUAUAAAUACCACUGUACAACAUAUUUAAGUACUCUCUUCAAGACUCUAGAUUUAAAUCCAAUAAAGUUCAGAUUUUUAUUGAAUUUGGUCCAAGUUCUUACCCUUAAUUUAUCUGAAUUUUGUUGGGUUUUUACUGCGUAUAACUAUAUUAAUAAAAAUCCUUCAUUUUUUGGUUAUCACAAGCUCAUGCCUUCUGGGCUUUAGUUAAUUAUCGAGUCGUGUUUUUUUAAGUUGUUUAAUGCAAUAAUUGUUGAUUUGGGCCAGUGGAUUUUGCACGGUUUUUUGUUUGGAUUAUCCGAUAAUGGAAGUACUUUAAUGGCUAUUAAAUAAAGUUGGGAUAUUUGUGCUGUUUGGUUAUUCUUUCUUUGCCUCUCUUUUUGGUUGGUCUUGGGGAAUAAUCUGUGAGUUCUCUCAAAAGAAGGUUCUUUGUAAUUAAAUAUAGUCUGUAAGAAUAUAUUGUUGUGUGAAUUGGGAGCCUGUUGAGAAAAAGUAGCACUUGGGUUUCUGGAAUCCAAAGCUAGAGUCGUAUAUUAUUAGUCUUGAUAUUGGUUUUUGUGUUCAAAGGAAGGAUUAGUUCGAUUUAAAAAAGCUUUACUUUUUUCUGGAUACUUAAAUAUAUUGAAAUUAAGGUCAGUUUGGUUGGUUUGUGAGGGUUCUGUUGCAUUUAACUGGGCAAGAACUUGAAAAAGGAUUCCAAUUUAGGGGGAAAGAGUGUAAAGUUUGAUAUAUAGGUCAGAUUUGGCUGUGGUUUUCAUCUUCUGUCGUUAAAAAUGGUGGAAUCCUUUGCUACCACAUCCCUUUUGGGAAAUCUUCCGCUGUAUGGAGGCUAUUGUUCCAAGGAUGUUUCAGGCAAACGGAGGGCAAUCGAUAUCAUCAAGUUUCCUCCAAUGGAAUUUCGUUUUAGAAAACUUGUUUCUUCAUCAUCUCUGCCGAGAUUAAAAGCCCAUCGGCAGCUAAUUAAGUGUCAGGCGAUGGAAUUGACUAAAGAGGCAUACGCAUACAGAGAAGAGGGGCAAUCUUAUCAGGAUUUUAGAUACCAGAUUGAUACUGGUGUUGAUAGAAUGCCGGGAUUAUGGCCACCACCUAAUAAGGCAGAUAAUCCUGGCCUUCAAAAUCCAUUGCUUCGACAAGAAAGGAUGGGAUGUGGAUGGCUAGCUGCUAUAUUCGAGUGGGAUGGUGUGCUCAUUGAAGAUAAUCCGGAUCUUGAGAAGCAAGCUUGGUUGGCUCUUUCCGAGGAAGAAGGAAAAUCACCUCCUCCAGCUUUCGUCCUUCGAAGGAUCGAAGGAAUGAAGAAUGAGCAAGCAAUAUCAGAGGUUCUUUGCUGGUCAAGAGAUCCGGUUCAGUUGAAAAGAAUGGCUGGUCGGAAGGAGGAAAUUUAUCAAGCCUUGCAGGGUGGGAUCUACAGUUUCCGACCUGGUUCUCAGGAAUUUGUCAAUAUCUUGAUGCAUUACAAAAUCCCAAUUGCUUUGGUGUCCACCCGACCUAGAAAAAAUUUGGAGACUGCAAUUGGUGCUGUUGGGAUUGAAGAGGUCUUUAAUGUUGUUGUUGCAGCAGAGGAUGUCUAUCGGGGGAAACCAGAUCCAGAGAUGUUUGUGUAUGCAGCACAGCUUUUACAAUACAUACCCGAGCGGUGUAUUGUGUUUGGGAACUCGAAUCAAACUGUGGAGGCUGCACAUGAUGCUCGGAUGAAAUGUGUAGCUGUUGCAAGCAAACAUCCAAUGUAUGAGCUUGGAGCUGCUGACUUGGUUGUUAAACGCCUUGAUGAGCUCUCUGUGGUUGAUUUGAAAAACCUUGCAGACAUCGAGUCAGCUGAGUUUGAGCCAGAGUUAGAGAUGGAACUAGAGGAAGAAGAUGAUCCCCACCCAACCGUUGAUGUUGAUGAUGGUUUCUGGUGACAUCUUCCCAUUGUACAGUAUGUUGUGCUUAAUCUAAUUUAUAAAUUGUGUAUAACUAGGAGAUAAAAAGGAAAGCAAAAUAGAAGUCAAAGGAAUGGAAAAUGUGGUCCACAUUGGACUAGCAUUGAAUAUCUCAUGUAUGUAUUGAUUCCACUAUAUUUCGGAACUCCAUUAUAUGGAUGUUUAAGAUUCAAUAUCUUGCU